AUGUCCAAAGAUCUUGUUUUGAUCACUGGUGCUACCGGCCAUGUUGGUUUUGGUACACUUGUUGCUCUCCUUGAACACGGCUACCGAGCACGUAUCGUUCAUCGUCGACAAGAACAAGUCGAUAAACUGAAGCAUACAGCAUCUCUGCAGAAACAUCUAGAAGAUGUUGAAUUUGUGCUUAUUCCAGACUUCCAAGAGCCUAGUGCACUGGAAGAAGCUGUCAAGGGCGUAAGCGGUAUCAUUCAUGUUGCCGCACCUAUCCCAUUAAAACUUGACGGAGAUUGUGACUGGCAAAAGCAUUUUUACGAUCCAGCUAAGAAGGGCACGUUGAAUCUGUUUACUGCUGCAGCCAAAGAACCAAGCGUGAAACGAAUUGUUGUCACUUCUACUUGUGGGAUAACUGAAUAUGCACGCCCCGGUCCAACUGGUCACGCCGAGACGGCGAAGAAGACGGGUAGUGCAUAUCUAGCAUACCAAUACUCGAAAGCUAUGGCAUACUAUGCGGCACUUGAGUUCAUCGAAAUCAAAAAGCCUCAUUUUGAUGUGGUGCACAUGCUGCUAGGUUAUGUUCAAGGCGCCAACGAGCUGUACAGCUCGGCUCAAGACAUAGUAGAUCCAGAUCGAUGUGGAUCCAACAAUGGAGUGAUGUUGACGGCGCGAGGAAUUUUGUCGAACAUCCCCCGCAUGACAGCACAAGUCCACCUCUCUGACGUUGCAAGAGCUCAUGUUCUUUCUUUGAAGCCAGAAAACGCGAAGAGUGGUGAUAAUUUUAUCCUAGCUGCGUUUAGCGGCCAGAGCAUCCCUUGGAAAGAAUUUGUUCCCAUCAUUCGCGAGCGUUUUCCAGAUGCAAUCGAGCGAGGCAUACUCAAUCCAGACGCGAGGAACGAUGAUAUUCUCAUGUCUUUUGAUGUUAGCAACUCCGAAGCAGCAUUCGGCAAGUUCCUCGGAAGUGAAGAAAUGGUUCAAAGUGUUGUUGGUCAAUAUAUAGAUAUUCUCAAAUCGCAAGACAACAAGUAG